CUUCCCACCUCUCCACUCCCUCUCUCAUUUUUCUAAGCAAUGGGUGCGGUCAGAGCAGCACCACUCUCUUUGCUCAGUGUAUGGAUAAGCUUACUCCUCUACUGCAUCACCUAUGCAGUUGCCCUAGACUACAAGGAUGCACUCUCCAAAUCCAUUCUCUUUUUCGAGGCGCAGCGUUCUGGAAAUCUGCCUUCCGACCAACGUGUCACAUGGAGAGCAGACUCUGCGAUGUCUGAUGGCUCUGCUGAUCAUGUUGAUCUGGUGGGAGGAUACUAUGAUGCAGGGGACAACGUCAAGUUCGGACUCCCCAUGGCUUUCACAACAACACUGCUGGCAUGGAGCGUGAUUGAAUUUGGAAGCUCAAUGCAAGACCAGCUUGGCAAUGCCAAAGCCGCGGUCCGAUGGGGCACUGAUUAUCUGCUCAAGGCAGCUACUGCAAAGCCGAACACUCUAUAUGUCCAAAUUGGAGAACCCAGUGCAGACCAUAGGUGCUGGGAGAGGCCAGAAGACAUGGACACACCUCGCAACGUUUACAAAGUGUCACCCCAAAGCCCAGGAUCAGAUGUAGCAGCGGAAACUGCUGCCGCAUUGGCUGCCAGUUCGAUUGUGUUCCAAGACUCUGACCCCUCAUAUUCUAGCAAACUUCUCCAAAUUGCAAAGCAGGUUUUUGAAUUUGCUGACAAAUAUAAAGGAUCUUAUAGCGACAACCUGAACUCUGUUGUCUGCCCAUUCUACUGCUCUUACUCCGGAUACCAUGAUGAGCUUCUUUGGGGUGCAUCAUGGUUGCAUAGAGCAUCACAAGACAAAAUGUAUAUGGCCUACAUUUACUCCAAUGGUCAGACACUCGGGGCAGAUGAUAGCAGUAACUCUUUUAGCUGGGAUGACAAACAUGCAGGCACCAGAAUUCUUCUCUCCAAGGCAUUCUUGUUGGACAAAGUGCAAGAAUUGCAGACAUACAAGUCUCAUGCCGAUAAUUUCAUAUGCUCCCUGGUUCCAGGAACUUCCAAUUACCAGGCCCAGUACACACCAGGGGGUCUUCUUUACAAGGAAAGUGAAAGCAACCUACAGUAUGUGACCUCCACAGCUUUCCUUUUGAUCGCAUAUGCCAAAUACUUGAGCUCUUCAGGGGCAGCAGCUUAUUGUGGAAACUCUGCAAUCACAACUCAGAAACUAAUCUCACUGGCCAAGAGCCAGGUCGAUUACAUCUUAGGACAAAACCCAUCGAAACUCUCGUUUAUGGUGGGCUUUGGGAAUAGAUAUCCGCAACAUGUUCACCACAGAGGCUCGUCAUUGCCAUCAGUUCAUGCCCACCCUGAUUCCAUACCAUGUAAUGACGGUUUCCAAUAUCUCUACUCGAACAUGCCCAAUCCCAACAUAUUGGUUGGUGCUGUUUUGGGUGGACCAGACAACAGAGAUGAAUUUUCAGACGACAGGAAUAACUAUCAGCAAUCGGAGCCAGCAACUUAUAUCAAUGCCCCUCUUGUUGGUGCACUUGCAUUUCUGGCCUCCACAUCAGUGCACUGAGAGUUUCCUUUUCGCUACUGGUGGGUUAUUUUGUACCGUACUAUGAUACUAAUGCAAUAUUCAAGGAAAAAAAGUAGUUAGUGACCAUCACUGAUGCUUAAAGUCUUAGACAUUUUAGAUUUUAUAAGAGUUUGAUUUUUAUGGGGAAGCCAGAGAAUCCUUUCUGCUGC